AAAGCCGCAAAAAUUUGGAAGCGCGCCGUGGAGCUCGGGGACGUGGAGGCGAUGAAUAACCUUGGCAGAUUGUACGAGAAUGGAAGUGGCGUCAAGCUGGACAAGAAGAAGGCGGAGCGGCUGUAUCGCACGGCCGCAGAUCGAGGCGACGCGGUCGCGCAAUCCAAUUUAGCGGUUUUACUUGAUUCUGAGAAGCAACAUGAAGAAGCGUUCCGGUACUACGCGCUCGCGGCGGAUCAAGGCUAUACACGUACAGAGUUUAACCUUGGCUGCUGUUGCAGGGACGGAGAAGGCACGGAAGUCGACCUCGGCAAGGCCAGAUUCUGGUUCGAGCGCGCCGCUGCCAAGGGCCACGAGGCAGCUACAAGGAGCCUCGCGAACGCGUACCACCUCGGUCGGUUGGGUCUCGUGAAAUCCGAUAAGAAAGCCGCAAAAAUUUGGAAGCGCGCCGUGGAGCUCGGAAACGUGGACGCGAUGAACUGCCUUGGGUUAUUGUACGAGAAUGGAAGUGGCGUCAAGCUGGACAAGAAGAAGGCGAUGAAGCUGUAUCGCGCGGCCGCAGAUCAGGGCUUCGCGGUCGCGCAAUCCAAUUUAGCGGUUUCACUUGAUUCUGAGAAGCAAAAUGAAGAAGCGUUCCGGUACUACGCGCUCGCGGCGGAUCAAGGCUAUACACGUGGAGAGUUUAACCUUGGCUGCUGUUACAGGGACGGAGAAGGCACGGAAGUCGACCUCGGCAAGGCCAGAUACUGGUUCGAGCGCGCCGCUGCCAAGGGCCACGAGAGAGCCGAG